AUGGCUAUACCCUCGCCAUCUGCCCCACUGCAUGGAACAGUAAAUAAAGCGGCCCUCAGGAGCUUCGAAGCCCAGCGGCCCUCAGGAGCUUCCGAGGCCCAGCGGCCCUCAGGAGCUUCCGAGGCCCAGCGGCCCUCAGGAGCUUCCGAGGCCCAGCGGCCCCCGGGAGCUUCCGAGGCCCAGCGGCCCUCAGGAGCUUCCGAGGCCCAGCGGCCCUCAGGAGCUUCCGAGGCCCAGCGGCCCUCAGGAGCUUCCGAGGCCCAGCGGCCCCCGGGAGCUUCCGAGGCCCAGCGGCCCCCGGGAGCUUCCGAGGCCCAGCGGCCCCCGGGAGCUUCCGAGGCCCAGCGGCCCCCGGGAGCUUCCGAGGCCCAGCGGCCCCCGGGAGCUUCCGAGGCCCAGCGGCCCCCGGGAGCUUCCGAGGCCCAGCGGCCCCCGGGAGCUUCCGAGGCCCAGCGGCCCCCGGGAGCUUCCGAGGCCCAGCGGCCCCCGGGAGCUUCCGAGGCCCAGCGGCCCCCGGGAGCUUCCGAGGCCCAGCGGCCCCCGGGAGCUUCCGAGGCCCAGCGGCCCUCAGGAGCUUCCGAGGCCCAGCGGCCCUCAGGAGCUUCGAGGUCCAGUUGCCUCUGA